CCUCAGCUGCCUGUGAUACGCGAUGAUUCACACACAUAAAUGCGAUAGUAUUGCGCUGCGCGUAAAUACUGAUGCGGUUAUUGAAGGGUUAGAGGGAACACGAAGGACUAUUUUUGAGGAAUACAUGUGACUAAUCCUGAAAAUUACAUAUCUUGCACGCGGAAGCCGCGCUUAUUAUCGGCCGAUGGACCCGAACGCGAAAAAAGACCGCUGCAUAUUCGAGGAUUCGCCGGUGAUUUACAAAAAGAAAGCUAACGAGGAUGAGCCAUGCGAGAAUACAAGAAGAUUACUAUGAAUACAAUAAAAUCCGUCAUAGAAAACUACGAAAGAGUAGUGCACCGUUAAAUAAAAUGGUAGGAUUGGGCAGUGACGAGCUAUUCGUUUCGAAUAUCGCCGAUAUCAACAACAUGGAAUUGGAGAUCAGUUCCGAGGAUGAAAGUGAUGACAGCGAAAACGGCGAUAUACAACGAUUGAUACCAUCGGUAGUGAACAGCGAUAGCAUCAUUUACAGUAGUGGAAAAAGGGACAGUCAAAGAGGCGAGGUGAAGAAUGCAGACGACGAAAGCGUUUGGUCUAUAUCCAUCCAAAUGUUCAUACCCUUUCUACUUGCCGGUUUCGGUAUGGUCGCUGCUAGUUUGCUGCUAGAUGUAGUACAGCAUUGGCCAGUAUAUCAGGUUGUAUCUGAGGUGUACAUAUUAGUUCCUGCGUUAUUGGGCCUAAAAGGAAACCUGGAGAUGACAUUAGCCUCCAGAUUAUCAACCCAGGCUAAUCUAGGUCAAAUGGAUACAAAGAAACAGCAAUGGACAUUAAUUGUCGGAAAUUUGGCUUUAAUUCAAUGUCAGGCUAUGGUGGUGGGUCUGCUGGCAUCUUUAGCCGCCGUGAUUCUUGGUUGGGUCCCGGAAGCUCACUUCGACAUCCACCAUGGACUUUUACUGUGCGCCAGUGCCUUGGUCACUGCUUCUGUAGCCAGUUUCCUGCUAGGUCUUGUGAUGGUUGCAGUCAUACUAUUGUCGCGGCAAAUGAACAUCAAUCCCGACAAUGUCGCUACCCCGAUCGCGGCCUCCUUAGGAGAUCUAACUACUUUAGCACUUUUAUCCUGGAUUGCUUCUUUGUUAUAUAACGCAAUAGGUUACGCUCCAUGGAUAGCUCCAAUGCUAAUAGCAUUUUGUGUAUUUGUGACUCCUGUGUGGGGUUAUAUAGCAGCCAGAAAUCCAUUUACUAAAGAAGUAUUGGAUUACGGCUGGACUCCUGUGAUAUCUGCAAUGUUAAUAAGCAGUCUCGGUGGACUAAUCUUGGAUUACACCAUAUCGAGUUACAAAGGUAUAGCGGUUUUUCAAUUAGUAAUUAAUGGCGUUGGAGGGAACUUAGCCGCCGUCCAGGCCAGUAGAAUAUCGACGUCCCUGCACAAAGACUGUCACACGGGUGUUCAAAGAACUCUCAAUGUUUGCAUCAGUCCGUUUCACGCAUUUUUUACAAAAGGAGGGCACGCGAGAACGGCUAGGGUGUUAUUAAUGAUGGUAAUACCAGGGCACUUGAUCUUUAGUUAUACCAUUAGUUACCUUCAGGCAGGACAUACCUCAUUUACACCUAUAUUUAUUACGAUAUAUUUAAUCGCUGCAAUGUUGCAGGUUAUUCUAUUGUUAUAUAUCGCACAAUUGAUGGUCGUUUGGAUGUGGACGAGGGGUAUGGAUCCGGAUAGUUCUGCGAUACCAUAUCUAACGGCAGUUGGCGAUCUUAUAGGAACUGCGCUUCUUGGAAUUGCUUUUCAUAUCCUUUAUGCCAUAGGCGACGGCGAUUCCGAUGUAGGAGAUUGAUCGGUCCAAAUAUUAUAUAAUGUUUUGAAAGAAAUAUUCUUCAUAAUAUUUCAGGUUAUAAUCUUCGAAAGUAUUCUUCAAAAGACCACAAUGGAAAGUUUGACUUAAAUUCGUAGAGUUCGCGACGGGUGGCACCGAUUGAUUCAAGAUUAUCAGUGACAUUUUCAUUACUGUGAGUUUUGUUUUUUCAAAACAAAAUAUAUUUUACUCUCAAACUAUUCGGCAUCUCUUUAUGUAGAAAGAGUAUGUUAAAAGUACAAAUUAAAUUAAGCAUAUAUUUAGUAAAGAUAUACUGGAUGCGAAAAAAAAAUUAAUAAUGAAGAUCACAGUAUUAUGAUCAGUUGGAAAUAAGUACACAUAUAUUAUUAUUUUAUGCCAUAUUUUGUUUGAGGGUAAAAUGCCAUAAGGAAUUAUUUUUUUAAGAUUGAUUAAUUAAGUCAUAAAAUAACUAUACAAUUGAAUUAUAAUAAUUUGAUUUGAUUGUAUAAAGUAUAGAUAUAUACAGAGAUGUAAAUCUACAUAUUCAUUUACAAAUAAAUGAAAAUUUCGUACUGUUUUUUUAUAUUACUUGUACGAAAUCAUAUUUAUCUUA